GAGGGGCCGGGUGUCUGAGCCACAGUACGCUCCUAUAGCACUGUGCGAGGCACUUUACAUCGCACUGACAGAGUGGCGACCAUUCCCUGAAGCUCCCAUCCAGGCGAGGGCCGCUGCAGCAUCCGUACAGAGGGAAUAUUGUUUUUCAAAGCUUGAUUUCAAAGGUGGAACCGGACGAAAAAUGUCUUACCAAGGAAAAAAGAACAUCCCAAAGAUCACAAGCGACAGGCUUCUGAUCAAAGGCGGGAGGAUCGUGAAUGAUGACCAGUCCUUCCAUGCUGAUAUCUACAUGGAGGAUGGCGUCAUUAAGCAAAUUGGUGACAACCUGAUUGUGCCCGGUGGGGUGAAGACCAUUGAGGCCAACGGGAAGAUGGUGAUCCCCGGUGGCAUUGACAUCCACACCCACUUCCAGAUGCCGUACCGUGGAACCACAACCGUGGAUGACUUUGCUCAGGGAUCAAAGGCUGCUCUUGCCGGGGGCACGACCAUGAUCGUGGACCAUGUGAUCCCAGACCCUGGCUGCAGCCUGAUGGAGGCCUAUGACCAGUGGAGGCAGUGGGCCGAUGAGAAGGCCUGCUGCGACUACUCCCUCCACGUGGACAUCACCCACUGGAAUGACAGCGUAAAGCAGGAGGUGGAUAACCUUAUCAAGGAGAAAGGUGUGAACUCCUUCCAGGUCUACAUGGCUUACAAGGACUACUACCAGAUGACCAACAGUGAGCUCUAUGAUGUCUUUACCUUCCUGGCAGAGAGGGGAGGCAUCGCUCAGGUCCAUGCUGAAAAUGGCGAGAUCAUCGCUGAGGAGCAGGCCCGCAUGCUGCAGAUGGGUAUCACUGGACCGGAGGGACACGUUCUGAGCAGGCCAGAGGAGCUGGAGGCAGAGGCUGUGUUCCGUGCCAUCACCAUUGCCAGCCAAACCAACUGUCCUCUCUACGUGACCCGGGUCAUGAGCAAGAGCGCUGCUGACAUCAUCUCACAGGCCCGGAAAAAAGGAAAUGUUGUGUUUGGGGAGCCAAUCACAGCCAGCUUGGGGACUGAUGGGACACAUUACUGGAGCAAGAACUGGGCCAAGGCGGCUUCUUUUGUAACAUCACCUCCUCUUAGCCCUGAUCCCACCACUCCAGACUAUCUGAACACACUGCUGUCCAGUGGAGACCUGAGUGUGACUGGCAGUGCUCACUGUACCUUCAGUGUGGCCCAGAAGGCCAUUGGCAAGGAUGACUUCACUCAGAUCCCCGAAGGUGUUAAUGGAGUGGAGGAGAGGAUGGCCCUCAUCUGGGAUAAAGCUGUGACUACAGGAAAGAUGGAUGAGAACAUGUUUGUGGCAGUCACCAGCACCAACGCAGCCAAGAUCCUGAACCUGUACCCUCGUAAGGGUCGGAUCGCAGUGGGCUCUGACGCCGACCUGGUCAUCUGGGACACAGACUCUAUCCGCACCAUCACUGCCAAGACACACCAAUCAGCUGCUGAGUACAACGUCUUUGAGGGCAUGGAGCUGCGUGGAGCCCCUCAGGUGGUGAUCUGCCAGGGGAAGAUUGUUCUGGAAGAUGGGAACCUGCAUGUCACUUCCGGCGUGGGUCGCUUCAUUCCCUGCACUCCCUACCCUGACUUUGCCUACAAGCGUGUUAAAGCCAGGAAGCAGCUGGCGGUGCUGAGGGCAGUACCCAGGGGAAUGUACGAUGGCCCGGUGUCUGAAUUCUCCCUGUCCCGUGGUGGCACCCCCUCGGCCUCGGCGCGUACCUCUCCCACCAAACAGCCUGUCAGAAACCUGCACCAGUCUGGAUUUAGUCUAGCAGGUAACCCUGCACCCUGCGGUCCCCCCACCCCAGAUGACAUCCCCAUCAGGCCUGCCGGCCGGCGUAUCGUAGUGCCCCCUGGUGGCCGUUCCAACAUCACAUCCCUCAGCUAAACAGCAGAAACACAAGGGGACGCAUCCAGAAAACGACAGCAGCCAGAGUGCAGGAUCGAGGGUGG